AUGUAUACCAAGGUGGCAAUACUCCUGUGCGUCGCAGGCAUCGCGACCGCUGGGAACCUCUUGCAGGCGGCCCCAGUGUCGGUGGCGUCCUACGCUGCGCCGGCGCUGUCGUACUCCGCCCCGUCCGUCGCCUACCAGACUAUCUCCCAUGCCGCACCGGCCGUCGCCUCUUACGCACCAGCCGUCGCGUCAUACGCUGCGCCCGCCGUGGCCGCUUAUUCCGCACCAUCAGUCUCUUACCAAACAGUUGCGGCGCCCGCCGCACAGCUGACUUACGCCGCUGCCGCCCCAGUGGUCGCUAAAGCGUACUCUGCCCCCGCGUACUCGACGUACUCCGGCGGCUCAGCGGUCUCCUACCAGAGCGUCACCAGACAAUCCUCACCCGUCGCGUACGCUGCCGCCCCUGUAGUCUCGAGGACCUACGCCGCGGCCGCCCCUGUUGUUGCGCAGACCUACGCUGCCGCUGCCCCAGUCGUUGCGCAGACCUACGCCGCCGCUGCCCCAGUUGUUGCGCGCACUUACACCGCGCCUGCGAUUUCUACCUACGCGGCGCCCGCAAUCUCCACUUACCAGGCUGCCCCUGUGGCUUCUUAUGCCGCUGCACCAGUGAUUGCUAAGUCGGUCGCCCCGGCAGUGUCCUACUCGUCGGUAUCCUCUCAAUCUGCUCCCGUGGCGAUUGCUAGGACUGUAGCCGCCCCUGCUAUAGCUUCCUAUGCCACACCCGUGCUGUCGAGAGCUUAUGCCCCAUCAGUUUCCUACGCAUCAUAUGCCUCACCAGUGGCUUACGCCAGCCCUGUCACCACCUACUCGAGCGCACCCUUAGUUUCAAGAACGAUCAGCGCCCCCGUCACAACAUAUGCUGCCUCCCCAUCGUACACGUACUCAGCCUUACCUGCACUGAGGACUUCCGUUGCUUACUCGGCUGCACCCAUUGCCGCUCACGGAUGG